AUGAGUAAAGCCGUCAGAGCGCCCCCGACCAGCAAUGCAUUUGGCAUACAAAACACCAACAACAAUAAUAACGAUCCAUGCGCCAUGAUUAGCAAAGCGUUCGAAGCUAUGCGGAAUGAGACGUCGGAAGAGCCCAUAGUCCUUGAUUUGCGACCGUCCGUAGGCACGGCAUGCCUCAAGUCUGUCCCAGUAGCAAAGAACCGCAACAUUGAUCUCAUCAACUACCUGCAGCCCUACAUUGAAUAUCAAAGCACAAUCGAGAUUCUCAAAAAUCCCCCAGAAGAGUAUCUACUCGAAGGGGUUGAUUUGAUGGGCGGGUUACAGGCCAUGAAGCAAAAGCUAAAGCGCGACGAAUACGAGACACAAUUCGAUGUCAUGACGGACCUUCAGAGCCUGUUCGUCGCCACUAAUGACAACCAUUUUGGCUACACGCCGGGCUUGUUGAGCGCAUUUCGAACCGUUCGGGACGGCUUAGAUCUGGUAUCAGUCUCCGAGGAUGGACGAGAGCUGCCACAGGUGUAUGCCGCUCAGGACAUUUUUACACCGGGAAAUGUGACAUACACUGCGUCUCCCAUCGAGACCAUAGAUGGUCAGGAUGUGUACGAAUUCUUGGAAAACGAAGCGCUGCGAGUUCCUCAGGGCCUCCAGGACCCCGAUGCAAAAAUGAAUAGUCUUUUCGGCUCGGCCCCCCAAAACGCUGCUCAAGCUGGCGCCGACGCAGUCUUGUCGGUAUUCGACGUUCCCGACAACUACACCAUUGUGCACAAGAACGGCACGGAGCGGGUGGUGGACAACUCCAUCAUUACACUCCCGACGACUGAUCUCUGUGGCAUCAGGAAUGGCCGGGACUUUCGCGAGAGAUUUGAAGUACCACCAAACAGGGGACCACCACCACCACCACCACCACCACCACCACCAGAGCAAGGGAACCCAGACGACCCAAAGAAUCAAGAGCCGCCGCCGCCGCCGCCGCCGCCGUCCAGUUCUGCUCUUCCGGGAUAUCCGCUUCCACUGGCCAAGCACUCAAACGACAUGGUAGCUAGCUAUACUCUGAACGAUACAGCGUUGCGCGACACUACCGUCAUUUCCUUCCUAAGCUUCGUGCCUCUCAAUGUUCCUGACCCUACUUCGCCGGAUUUCGAUCUCAACUCGUUUGUUCGCGAAUUUGGCGACGUAGUAGACCGCACGGCCUCGGCGGCCCAGUCUCAGGGUCGCGACAAGCUCAUCAUCGACAUGUCGGCCAACGGCGGCGGCUCGUUGGAUUUAGCCGACUUUGCCUAUACCACCUUUUUCCCCGGCGCUCCCUUUGACGACUUUGAUCGAUACCGCUUGAACGGUGGCCUCGAGCUUACCGGCAAGGCUCUGAGCUUCAACGAGUCGGUGGAGCUGCUCGUCGGCUCCGAGAAUCCGCCAUUGGCGCCCGGCAAUAAGACUGUCGAGGAGCCAGACGCCUUUUUCGAAACCCGGCCGGUCAAGGGCCAGAAGAUGACGGCCCCCUUUCACAGAGACCCUACUGCUCGGUACUUUGAUAACCCGGACGUGUUCCUGCGUGGCUACGAACCGGGCGAGAACCGCACGGCGCCCCAACCGCCGUGGCAGCCCGAGAACAUGGUUAUCCUGACGGACGGAACUUGCGCUUCGGCGUGCACUAUUUUCACGGGUCUGAUGGUGCGCAACUUUGGCAUCCGCACCAUUGCGCUCGGCGGCCGGCCCCUGAACAAACCCAUGCAGGCGAUUGGAGGUGUCAAGGGAUCGGAAGUGUUGCAGAAUGCCGAGAAUAAGGAUCUCAUCAAAGGACUGGUCAAGGGCGCUCAGCGCGACAGGACUGGCCGCAAGAUUAUCAAAGAUGUUCAACGAACCAUUCCCGACAUUGGCGACCCGCCCAUCCUGCCCUUCCUCGAGGACCCUGCCAACGGCGGCUCCGUCAACGUGCGCAACGCCUACAGCGGCGACGACCCAGACGGCUUUCCCUUGCACUUCAAGUACGAGGCGGCCAACUGUCGACUGUUUUACACGCGCGAAAUGGUGCUGGAUGUCGCCGAGUCGUGGCGGCAGGCGGCCAACAUUGCCUUUAGAAACGGCACGUGCGUGUCAGGCUCCACGGCCAUUCCCGACGGGCGCAUGAGCAGCAAGGCGCCGCCGUUUGAUCCGAGCGUGCGCGGCCAAGCCAAGGGGAUCCCGCGACCUACUCUGCAACGUGGUAAUUAA